AACAGGAGCGUGCCGAAGCAUUAGAAAGAUCAGAAAGUGUAACUCAACAACUUGAUCAUUUAGUUGAAGAAUUAAAAGGAUUAGGUCAUGGUAGUGAUACUAUUCAUGCAACAAUUCAUACAUUCGGUAGCAUACAAAAAUUAGAAAUUAUAGCUGACGAAGAUGAUGAUGGUGAAAGAUUAGCGAGAAGACCAAGAGUUAGGCAAUAUUGGUAUAAAGGCGCUUUACAUAGAGAAGCUGAUGAAAGAUCAUCUAGUUAUUCGGAAUUAUUUUGGGAUUUGAUAUUUGUGGCUGUGGUUAGCAUUUUAGGAACGAAGCUGACGUCUGACAUUUCGCUAAAUGGUUUGCAAAGAUUUUUCCUAACCUUGUAG